UUCAAUAACAUCAAAAUAAAGCAAUGAAAGCUGAACAUUUACUCUUCUAUAUACAAUAGGAACAACAACAAGAAGUCAUAGAAACACCUUCCAUUUUACCUUCGUUUCUCCACCUUUAUUUUGAUUCCUUCGAGGGUUCUUUAUCUUCCAUUGGAUUGUACAGAUUCCGGGCUAAAAUCCCAUUUCAGCCUCCCUGUAUUUGGUUGAUUCUGCUAUUUUCUCUUUUUUUUUUGAGACUAUAAGGAAGAACCUGUUGUGUUUGUUGGGUUUUUGGUUUCCUUCUGAAAACUCUACCUGGGUUUUAGCAGAACAGACCUCCACACCCAGUAAAUUGAUUAAACGGGGUUGAAGAGAACAAACGAAAAUUAUUCCAUUUUUUUUUUCUUGAAUUUUCAUCAAGAAGAUCAGUGGGCUUCUUUUUCUCUUAUUUUUCCCUUUCUUUUCUUUAUUUUGAAUCUUUGUUUGGUAAUUAAGGAGCGAGAAAAGCAUGGGCAAGCAAGGGCCUUGCUAUCACUGUGGAGUUACAAGUACCCCUCUUUGGCGUAAUGGGCCACCAGAAAAGCCAAUUCUCUGUAACGCAUGUGGGUCUCGAUGGCGAACCAAGGGAACACUUGCAAACUAUACUCCACUACAUGCCAGGGUAGAGCCUGAUGAUUAUGACGAUUAUAGAGCUCCAAAAGUGAAGAGCAUACCCAUUAAGGCCAAAGAUGCAAAAUUUCACAAAAGAAGACAAAGUCACGACAAUAUGGUAGCUGAAAGGGAAGCCCCUGAAUGUGACCAAAACUUCCGGAAGGCUAUUGAAGAAGAUACAAGUAACAGAUCAAGUUCAGGAUCAGCCAUAUCUUACUCGGAGAGUUGUGCACAAUUUGGUGGCACAGAAGCAAGUGAUUUGACAGGUCCACCCCAAUCCACAGUGUGGGAUACACUUGUGCCAUCAAGGAAGAGGACUUGUGUCAGUCGCCCAAAGCCAUCUUCUGUUGAGAAGCUUACAAAAGAUUUAUGCUCGAUUUUACAUGAACAACAAUCAUCUUCUUAUUUCUCGGGAUCUUCAGAAGAGGACUUGCUUUUCGAAAGUGAGACUCCAAUGGUCUCUGUUGAGAUAGGACAUGGAAGUAUUCUCAUCAAGCACCCGAGUGCAGUUGCUCGAGAGGAAGAAUCUGAAGCCAGCUCUCUUUCAGUAGAUAACAAAUCAUGCCUAGUACAUGAGGGAUACUCGGGUUCUGCAUCUGUUCUUGUACAUAAUGGUAACAAGGGUGUAUAUUUUCCGAGUCUUGGCAAGGAGAAAUUGAAGAAGUCUACAGGACAAGACACACAACGAGAUCUGACUAAAAGGGAUAAGGAGCUCAUUGAAAAAUCACAGAUUCUGCGGCAUCACAAUUCACUACUUAGAUCCAUAAGUCUGGAAGAUGUCAUUGACUUCGAGGAGUUUGUGAAUCAUUUGACACAUGAAGACCAGAAGCAAUUGAUGAAAUUUCUACCUUCUAUAGAUACUGCCAGACUUCCUGACAGCCUUAAGAGCAUGUUUGAUAGCCCUCAGUUCAAAGAGAACUUGUCUUCCUUUCAGCAACUUCUUGCGGAAGGAGUCUUUGAUCUCUCUUUCCCUGGAGGGACCACUGAAGACUGUAAGACUCUGAAGCGGCUUGUGUUGGUCAAUUUGACAAAGUCCAAAUGGGUAGAACACUAUAAUCUGCUUAAGGAUGUGAAACGUAAAAAGGUUACAGAAGGGAAGGGGGCUGCAAUAGGAACUGGUGUCCUUGGGUCAAGUGAAUUAUCAACUGUCAAGAGAUCAUGUGGUGGACAAAAUCAAAACUUUCCAGAGCCUCAGAAUAUAAUGAGUCCCAAAAGAGUCAUGAAGGCCAGCUAUUUCACAAAGGAUAACAUUGAAAGUGAUGGGUCUUGCUUCAGUCCAAGUAGCCUAUUUGCUUUCCCUCCAGAUGGGAGUUCCUUCAUGUUUGACUCUUUCCAGUUUACUGAUGAUAGUUCCGACCAAGAUCUACUGCUGGAUGUGCCGUCCAAUGGAUCCUUCCCUCAGGCAGAACUACUACCCCCAUCUUCAAGUUUUGUCGUGCAACAGGCCAGCACUAGUAGUAGCACAGUAUUCCCCCAUCUUAUUCAUCCCUGAGUUUGUCCAUACAGAAUGGUUUUAUCCUUGAGUGGUUAUAUGGGCAUCACUCUUGGAAAGAAGGGAGUCUGCAGUAUGCAUGGUUUUACAUUCUGCAAUGCAAAAGAACUGUGUAAAUGAGGUUUGGUGUUUUUUUUAAUCACUUUUUUUCCCUAUCUUUCUUUUUCCCUUCCCUUUGCCAUAUUCAAAUAAUGCUGACAUGUUUGAGUAUUGGAAUAUUAAGGGAUGGAUGUGGAUGGCUUUUUUGUAUAGGCUGAGUCUGACAAAUGAUUGUAAUAUAUAGCUCAAACUGCAGAGGAGGUGGCCUUGUCUAGAGCUUUAUGGAGAGUUUUGCAUGUACUUAUUCUAGUUGCUGCUUGCCAAAUAAGCUUUGAAAUAGCUUAUAGUCAUCGAGUAUACCUUUGGUGCCGCAUGUGUUGGCACCUUUGCUUUUGUUAAAAUGACUUUGGAUGAAGGUCUUUGUGUGCUGAGGAGAUUAAUUGAGAAAGGGAAUGCAAGUAAUGCCUACUUAAAGUCUCCAUGACUGAUUUUUAGUGACCAGUAGCUAAGGAAUGUGACAAAUUUUGCAUGUUA